AUGUCCUACAGUCAUGUCAUGGAUGAAAUCUUUGCCGAGAGAAACGCGAGGUUUGAGCAGUAUGGUAUACACGAGAAGCGAGAACAGUGGAAUGCGUACAAUGAACUAUUGCGCAGUACAUUCGAAGAAUGCAUAGAGCACAUCAAAAGGCCGAGGGCUGUAAAGUCUUUUCAGUAUUGGAGUGAUCUUCCAGACGACAACAAAAAAAAAUUCAUUCUCGAGAUCUAUGCGUGGGAAGAGAAUAAUCAAGCGGAAAGGAACGGAAAAUAUCUGCCUAGCUUAUUGCGAGUUCGAAUGUGGAAUGAAAUUCAGGUCUACUUGCAAUUUGCUGUGGCAAGAAGAAACGACACAACACGGACUGGAGCACCGCUCGUUUACUACAGCCUUGAAGAUUCGCACAAAGAUUUCCACCGUAAGUUGGAUAAAUUAGAGCGAAGGAAUAAAGCCGCGGCGGAGAAAGAACUCAAUGAUCCUCGAAGGGAAUCUCAAGCAGUAUUCCAUCGUAACCUUCGUUGA